CGAGAACUGCUACACGCUGCUUCAGUUCAGCGCGUUUAGUAUUCUUCUUCCCUCCCGCGCGUAACAUUUCACACUAUUACCAGCAUAUACCCAAUCCCCAAGAUGGAAACCAACCAGGUUUCCUUAGCAAACCGUAUUGCCAAUACAAGCGAACAUCUGAAGAGACUAUUUCUAGACGAAUACACGAAGCCACCUACUAUCGAGGACAUAAAGAGGUGGAAUAGAGAAAUAGCAGAACAUGGUGAAGAUUAUUCGGCAUGCACACGAUGCGUGGCUUUAUCUAUUUCGUGUUCAACCGAUGCACCAGACGUGAUUGCCUGCACUGCAUGUGUUCGAGAGGAAAUUGGCAGGUACUGUUCGAGAAAUCUGAAGGAGCGAGAGGCGCGAGCGGGGAGGGUUUUGAAGCUAGAUCAUUCACUCGCUAGAGCGCUUGGAGUUGGUCGUGCGAUAGCGGAUUUGGAUGAAGGCUCGGUGUUGGAAGUGGGGACAGCACCCCGGUCGCCGACCGGAGGUGCUGAAAACGGAGGAGAUUGUACCCCUUCGGGCUCUCCAUCACGACACGCGGACGAUUUGAAUUUCAAAGACUUCUCUCCGAAACCUGACGAUGCACAAUCCACUCAAGUUCCAGAGCCAGAACCAGAUUCGUUCAUACUGUCAAAAUUGCCUCUACAAAAGAAGGAAAUGGAAAGGGAGUCACGUUCGAAUGGGUUCUCACCACGAAAAUCAAACCGCCCUCCGAGGAAACCGCCGUCGGUGACAUGUAAGGAGCAACAGAUGAAGAUAGAGUCGUUGGAGAGACAACUGGAGGAAAUGAAGAUAAACUUGAGUGACACUGAAUUGAAGCUCAGAGAUGAAAUUUCUCGCACUACAGAACUCGCUCAACAAGUCGAAGUAAAACGUCGCGAAAACGCGGAUUUUGAGCGCACCAAUACUCGUUUGAACGAAGAGGUUAAGGAAAGUCGAAUCAAGCUGAAGCUACUCGAAUUCAAGAAGAAGCAGUUGGAAAUGAAAGUGAGCAAAGAGCAGAACGAGUUGAAGCAAGCCCGGAGGGUGCAUGUGGAGAAAUUGAAUGAGAGCGCUUUUGAACUAGAGAAAUGCAGGAACGCGUUAGCAGUUAAGACGGCCGAGUUAGAGAAGGAGAAGACAGCGAACAAGGAAGUUCAACGAAAGUUGGGAGAAGGCUACGAUGCCGUUCGACAGGCUAUGAGAACAUACGAGUCGGACCAACAAAGGUGGAUUUCGGAGAACGACGCCUUGAAGGAAGAGAAGAAGUCCUUUGAGGCAGAGAGGAAGGUCCUGGCGGAGAAACUCGCAAAGAAAGAGCAAGCAAUUCAGGAGAUGCAAAAAGAUUUCAAAGCUCAGAUUCAGGAAUGGAAGCAGUCGGCGGAUGAAUGGAAGCGCAAGAUGGAAGACUCACGUCGAUCGCAGAAAGAAAUGCAGGACAUGGUGCAGGCUGGUCGUAAUGAAUUACAGAAAGUGAAGAUGGAACUGGAUUCUCGGAUGGGAGACUUGACUGAAGAACGAGAACUGGCAAAGCAGAAACAACAAGCCAUCGAUGAUGCCGCUAAGGAAUUUACGGAGAGGGAAUCAGCUAUAGAUCUUGUACACAUCAAUAUCGAAAGGCUAAUCCAACAAUUCCAUAGCGUUCGUUCGGCAUUUGUAAAUCACAAAGUUACAGAAGAAAAGGUUGUCGAAACGUGUGAUCAUCUGGGAUGGCAGCUGGUCUCCAUUUCCGAUAGUAUCAGGGAAGGCAUCAAGCGCAACAAUGAAUCAGAGUCAACCCUAACUUCAGUGAGGACCACUUCAGGCUCCACAUUCGAGACUUCCUCAUCGAGCUCUUCGGGGCAAGCCAUUCAAAGACCUUAUGUGCAUGCUUUUCCCCAAGGUCUUUCAACUCGCUUGCCUCCACCACUGCCGAGAUCGCCCUCUGUUCUUCCGGGAUCUGCUCAUCCACCAAGUCAAGAUAGGCCUCCUCUUAAACCAUCAUCUCUUUCCCAAAGCGACGAACUUUCGCCAAGCCCCCCUCCGACUCCACUGGAAAAACCCUCUUCACGUCAAAUCAAACUGAGGAGAGUCAUCUUGGACUCAGAUGACUCAGACGGCGAGGUCGGGGCACGGCCUAUCAAGAGGGUCAGGACGGUUUGAGACUAGCCGAAAACAUUCGCGUUCGAUUCUAGCUGCCUUUCAUGCAGGGAGGCGAAAUGCUCGAUAUGGAAGCGUCCUCUUACGUUUGAUUCGAGCUCGUGGCACGACUUUGUUGGAUCUCAUUUCAUAUUUGUCGAGGCGUUCAUAGGCAACCGCGGAGCUUUUAUCUCCUCGUCUCUAGUCUUUUUCUAAGGGGAUACCUUUACGGAAAGCCCGAAUGGGAUGGGAAGGUCGUUCGGAUAGGCCUGUGGCAUCUGCUCCGCCCGCUGAGCCGAGAGAGAUGGAAUGCGUCCUCUUGAUGCCGUAUUGCUGGAGUUAAUCAGGAGAACUUGCAUGUUACACGUUGCAUCCAAUAAUCUGCUAUCGUGAUAGUAAUCAGACCCAUGCAUUGCUUCGGUGCUCAGCUAACUCUCCCUAUGUAUCGUCACCACGAUUUGUAGGAUGGAAGGGUUCCGAAUACAUAUCGUACCACGGUGUUAUCUUCAUAAUUCCUUUAGGGCGUCAGUGCGGUGAACUGCGAUUUGAU